GGCGGAGGCGGCGCUGGCGUGGUGUCUGGCGGCUGCUGUGGGGUUGAAGCUGCGGCUGGGGAAGCUGGAGGAGGCCAAGAAGGCCUUCCAGCAGCUGCGUGCCUGCCCCGCCGCCGCCGCCACCUCCACCGGGGCCGCUGCGCUGGUACGACUGGCUCGUUGUACGGCGCUGGCGGACCCGGCUGCGGCCCCCGCGCUGGUGGCGUCGCUGGCGCCGCCGCCGGCUGCCGCCGCACUGUCCGGGCUGCAGGACCUGGAUGUGUUGGAGGAGGUGGCGGCGCGGCCCGGGGGGGCGGCGGGAGGGGCGGGAGGGAAAGGAGGGCUGGGAGGGGCCAAGGGAGCGGGAGCGGGAGGGGAGGAGAAGGCGGCGGGAGCGGGGGCAGGAGGAGAGGAGAAGGCGGCGGCGAAGGCGGCUGGCGGGAAGCGUGGCGGCGAGGCGAUGGAUGUGGACCAGCAACCCAAGGUUAAGAAGAGCCGCAAGAAGCGCAAGCCGCGCCUGCCUGCCGGCUUCAACCCCGCGCUGCCCAACGGCGGCCUGCCGCUGCCCGACCCGGAGCGCUGGCUGCCCAAGUGGGAGAGAGCGGACUACAAGAAGAAGCGCGACCGGCGGAAGCGCGACAAGGACGCGGUGAAGGGCAGCCAGGGGGCGGGCAAGGUGGACGAGAGCCUGGACAGGACACGUGCGCCCGCGGCCGGGGCGGGUGCAGGGGCGGAGGCCAAGACGCAGUCGGCAAAGCCCAACCUGCCGCCGCAGAAGAAGGGCAAGGGCAAGAAGUGAGCCGAGGGAGGCGGGGGCGGGGCGGGGUGUACGUAAGGGGGCUGUGCUGCAGCUGCAGUUGGCGGGUAGGCAGAGUCUGAAGGCAAGAAGCGGC